UUUGCUUUUUCAAGAAAUGAAUAACGACGACGUAAUAUGGCACACUAUCAACCAUUCAUUCUGUUCUUUUGUUGUCAAAACUAAAACUGGAAGGUUUUGCAGAAACGAUGACAAUGUGACAGGGUUGUGUAAUCGACAUUCUUGCCCAUUAGCCAACUCACAGUAUGCCACUAUAAAAGAAAGAGAUGGUAUCAUCUACCUGUAUGUCAAGGAACCUGAACGUAUACCUUAUCCUGGUAAACAAUGGGAGCGUAUCAAAUUGCGCCGAAAUAAAGAACAAGCUCUGAAACAAAUCAAAGAGCACUUAUUAUAUUGGGAUAAAUGGAUAAUAAGUCGUGUUAAGCAGAGAUUCUUUCGCACAAGAGAAUAUCUUAAAAAUAUGCGACGUUUAGCCUUAUCAAGACAAAAGAAAUUAGAACCUAUUAAUCGUACAGUUGAAAAACGUGAAUUGAGGAGAGAAGCAAAAGCAUUACGUGUAGCACGCAUUGAACGUACUGUAGAACAAGAACUCUUAGAAAGAUUACGCGCAUCAACAUCUUCCAAGGAAAUAUAUAACAUAGAUCAAUCUGCCUUUGAAAAGGCUCUAGAAGCUGAAGAAAUAAAUGAAGAAGAAUCUGACGAAGAAUACGAGGAUGAAGAAGAAGAAGAAGAAAUCGCUUACACUUCAGGAUCUGAUGUUGAAGAUAUUGAAGAUAUCGGAGUGAUGGAUGAGGAAAAUGAAGAGGAAGCUGAACAUAAUCUUGUUCUGACAAAUCCUAGAAAGAAGCGUAAAGUUACCAUUCACUAUGAAAAAGAUGAAUGAAUCAUUAUCUUAUUUUUACUGUAUAUAUCUUGUAUAUUAAAGUGAAAUAUACUGUGAGUAGCUUUUUAUCUAUACAAAAUUGGAACUGUUUGAAUUCAUUUGUUGAACACCUUUUUGUCACUUUUCAUUAACCCAACUGGUUGUCAUGGUGUG